AAUAAUGUCAUUUCCAGGUACUCCAGAAUCCUCAUCUUACUUACUUUCCUGAUGCCACUUUUGUGCAUCUUAUAGAUCUCUCUUCUUUACAUAUUAAUCGCUAUGGCAUGAACUAAUUUUUUCGCUUUGAACUGCAAUAAAAAUAAACAGCGCUAACGAGCAAGAUAACGGUGAAUUUGAAUGGUUUCUGAGUUGGAAGUGAAGAAGAUUCCUUUAGACAAUUAAGCAUGCCUUGGUCAGACGCAGAUCACACCUUAUUUUCUUCAAGCCUUGCAAGCUAUCUUGAUAGAAAAAUUCUAAUAUUACUGCGAGAUGGCAGAAAAAUCUUGGGGACUUUUCGUUCUUUCGACCAAUAUGCAAAUAUAGUAUUGGAAGGUACCUCUGAACGAGUAAUGGUUGGAAAUCUCUAUUGCGACAUACCUUUGGGUCUCUAUGUUAUUCGUAGGGAGAAUGUAGUGCUGAUCGGAGAACGGGAGUCUGCCGAGGAGGAGCUUUCGCCACACAUGACUUGUGUGUCUGCUGCAGAAAUCAAAAGGGCUCAAAAGGCAGAGAAGGAUGCAGCAGAACUUAAGGGUUCUAUGAGAAAGAGAAUGGAGUUUCUUGACUUUGACUAGUGUGUAUUAUUAAUGGUUGUUUCCCUCUCUUUUUGGCCUUUGAUGAAGAUGGACAUUAUAUUGGCGUUGUUAGAGUACAGAGAAUAAUAAGGGAAUUUAAUGUGUGUUGAGUGAAAGAAUUCUUUAUACAGCUCGUGUAUAUAUACAAAAGCAAUGGAAUCUAUUUCUAACUAA